GGCAGGCUCUGAUUUUAUAAGGAAGAAAAUGGUUUUUCUAAUCUUUUGUUAAUAUCUAAGAAAUUUUCUUUCUCAGGCUUAAGUCAGGACUCUUUCAGAGAAUGGAGUGGGGAAAAGAAAGAAAAAGAUAGUACCAAAGUGUUCAGAGCAGAAACAGCAGCCUGAAAUCCUGUGUUGGUUGCUUCCGAAAAAUAAACCUAGAUCUUGCAGAAGACUGUCUUUCCAGUGCGGGCUGGGAGGGGCCGUCUUUGGCCAAGUCGGGGUCUUAUUUUAUGUAUCAAGGCCUUGCUGCCCCUGGAAGAGGUUGCAGGUUGGAAUGGAAAUUUGGGCAGUUUAUGUAUUUAACGAGCUCUAAGAAAUGUAGCAGUGCCUUAAACAGGUCAAGCUGACCUGAACGCUUCUUUUGUGUUUUGUCGAAUGAUGAGGACCCUUGGGCAGGCAGAGAUGUGUCCUCCUCGCAGCCCAGAGCAGAGCCUGGAGGAGGCGCUCAGGUCAAAUGGGAAGGGACCAGGUGAAGGGCGAUGUGGAGGGGCUGCAGUGUCUGGUCACAGCACAUUGCUGAGUGACUGUGAUGUAAAUGACGGCUUGCGGAGUUAGCAUAUUUCGAAUCAACUUAUAGAGACAAUAGGUAAGACAUUGAUAGGUACAGAACAGGGUGAAAUGUUGAAUACUUGACAUUGUAAAAAAAAUCAUCCUUCAUAACAGAGAUCAACAGCUGAUUUCAAAUUGAUCAGCAGAGAAACAUCAGUGAUGCGCUUAUUUAAACUGAUGAUACUUGUUUGGGAACUAAGAGACAGAAAUUAGUGAAUGUGACUGUUUCUGGAGAGAGGGUCUGUGGUCGGGCCUGGGGCUGCACGAAGACUGUCAUGUUCAAUCUUGGAUUCCCACAGCUGCCUUACAGGGACUUCUGAAUGAUAACAGCAAAAAAGCAUAUAUAUAAACAAAGUAUUUUAAUGGAUACCCGCACACACAGAAUGCUCCCACCUCUCUCCACUGCCGCUGAGGCUGUGAGCUGGAGUAGACCAGCCUCCGGAACCUCACGCGGUCUCCAGGAAAGGAGCUGGUUUUUCUCUCGGGCCAGCUCGGCAGGCUGGAACCACACAGAUGGACUUGGUUCGUGCGUGGUUCCAGCUGACCGCAGAAGCGCCCAUGCCGUCGCAUGCCUGCUCGUCAGGGCUGGCUCUCUGGUGUCUUCAAAGCCAGUGCUCGGACCCAGACAGCGUAAACCCAGAAUCACUCAUGCUGGGGUGAAGGGCUGGGGGAGUUUGCUCUCCUGGCCAGAAAUGGGACGUGGAAACCAAAGUGGUGCACCCCCGCCGCUGUGGGGGAAGUGGCAGAAAUCUGCACCCAGAAUAUUUACUGUAUUAAUAAACGUGUUGCCACAAUCACCUCCCUCCCAUUUUGCCAUCAUAAAACAAAAAAAUGAAAAAACAGGCAUUUCUCUGAUUCCCAGCGAAUGUUUAAUUGAAAAGACAGGCAGUAGUAUGUCAGUGGAACCUCAUCCACUGCCGCUGGGACUGUAAAGUGUCACAGCCACCAUGGGAAACGGUUUGGAGGCUCCUCAGACAGUUAAACCCAGAGUUACCACAUCCCCCAGCACCUCCACUCCUGGGCGUGCUCAUGUCCACACAGAAACUAGUACACAAACAGCCACAGCAGCUGUUUGUGUACUAUGCAGCUGUUUGUGUACUAUGCAGCUGUUUGUGUACUAUGCAGCACUAUGCACAGAAGCCUGAAGCUGGAAACAACCCAAGUGUCUGUCAGCUAAAGAAUGGCUAAACAGAUUGUGCAACAUCCAUACAGCGGAGUAUUACUCAGCCGUGAGAAGGAACAGGGCUGCGCUGUGAAUGAACCUUGAACAUCAUGCUGAAUGAAAGAAGUCAGACUCAAAAGAUCACAUGUGAUACGAUUCUAUGUAUAUGAAUGUCCAGAAGAGCCGAAACUAUAGAGAUGGAAAGUAGGUUAGUGGUUGCCAGAGCCUGGGGGAGGCAGAAGGGAUGUGACAGUUAAUAGGUCCACGUUUAUUUAUUUCAGGGACAUGAAAAUGUUCUAACGCUGAUUGUGGGGAUAGUUGCACAACCUAGUGAAUGUACUAAAAAACAUUGAAUUGUACACUUUAAAUAGGUGAAUUUUAUGGUAUGCUGAUCCUAUUGCAAUAAAGCUGUUAAGAGAAAAAAGAGAAAUCAAAACACACACGUGUACACACACACAUACACAGACAUAUGCACAUACAAGCAAGUUAAGUGUAUAAACACCUCAAUGGGAGGAAACAGCAGGCUUUGGGCAUGGCCCUGUGGCCCUGGUGUCCUCUGCCAGACAUUCACCAGGUGAUCGAUCUCUCAGGUGAUCUGCCCUGUGUUCUCUUAGGUGAUCUCCCCUGUGUUCUCUCAGGUGAUCUGCCCUGUGUUCUCUCAGGUAAUCUCCCCUGUGUUCUCUCAGGUGAUCUGCCCUGUGUUCUCUUAGAUAAUCUCCCAGAUGUUCUCUCAGGUGAUCUCCCCUGUGUUCUUUCAGGUGAUCUCCCAGAUGUUCUCUCAGGUGAUCUCCCAGGUGUUCUCUCAGGUGAUCUCUCAGGUGUUCUCUCAGGUGAUCUGCCCUGUGUUCUCUCCGGUGAUCUCUCAGGUGUUCUCUCAGGUGAUCUCUCAGGUGUUCUCUCAGGUGAUCUGCCCUGUGUUCUCUUAGGUAAUCUCCCAGAUGUUCUCUCAGGUGAUCUCCCCUGUGUUUUUUCAGGUAAUCUCCCAAAUGUUCUCUCAGGUGAUCUCCCAGGUGUUCUCUCAGGUGAUCUCCCAGGUGUUCUCUCAGGUGACCUCCCUGUGUUCUCUCAGGUGAUCUCCCAGAUGUUCUCUCAGGUGAUCUCCCGGGUGUUCUCUCAGGUGAUCUGCCCUGUGUUCUCUCAGGUGAUCUCCCCUGUGUUCUCUCAGGUGAUCUACCCUGUGUUCUCUCAGGUGAUCUCCCCUGUGUUCUCUCAGGUGAUCUCCCCUGUGUUCUCUCAGGUAAUCUCCCAGAUGUUCUCUCACGUGGUCUUCCCGGUGUUCACUCAAGUGAUCUCCUGUGUGUUCUCUCAGGUGAUCUCUCAGGUAUUCUCUCAGGGGAUCCCCGGGGUGUUCUCUCAGGUGAUCUCCCCUGUGUUCUCUCGGGUGUUCUCCCAGGUGUUCUUCCCUCUUCCUCUUUCUUAUUUGGGUCACAUGAUAACUCCUCUGGAGGUGGGAGUGCCAGGUGAAAACUGUUCCCAGGCCGAGGUUUCCUGUAGCGCUGAGGGCAUCCUGAAGACUGUUUGCUCUCUUUUGUGUGAUCCCUACUUAUUGGUACCUCCUGUUUACUGUGCAGAUACACAGGGGUAAUGUUCUAGGAGGGCCCAGACCCAGCUUGGGGACAGCUCAGAUCCUCAUCUUCACCAUUGUUCAGGGGCCCUUACUCUUCCAGAAGUUUCCAUAGUACCUCACUUUAGUUUCCUGCAUUAAAAAAAAAAAAAAUCUUAGCCUAUUCCUGCCAUUUGUGUCCCUGUUACAUUCUUCAGCCUCCUCAGCUGCCUCCUCACCCUUGUCCCUUUACUGUAACCUGCUAGAGAUUCCUAAUGCAACUAGUAGAAACAAAGCAUAGAAGAACAAAAGACUUUGGGGAGCAGAGCUGUGCUGGAAGGUGUGGAGGAAGCACAGACCCUGUAGUCUCAUUAUUUAGCUGCCACAGGCAGCCUUCCAGCCAGAAAUUCCCAUUAAUCAGGGGGAGCCCAGAUGCCACUUGCGCUUUGGGGGUGGUGAAGAACUCCAGGGCAGGUGCACCUUGAUGAUAGACUGCCGUCCUUAAGAGUGGGGCCCCGGAAGACCACAUGAGGGGUCAGGGAGGGCAGGCAGACCCACGCAUGUGGCUGGAGGGCCCCAAAUGUAUAAGGCCAGGCAGUUGCCCCCUGAGAGGGGCUGCCCCCACCAGACCCACAACCAUUUCAACAAGGGGAAGUAGCCAGCAUGGCUGGAUCUUCAGAGUUUUCAAAAGGAUUAGAAAGAAAUGUGAAACCACUUUAUUUUUAAAUCACUAACUCAAAAUUUAGAACUGUGUAGGGGGAGCAGUCUAUGUCUUAUUGCCACCUGAGGGUAGGACCCAGCAGAGGAUGUUCUCCUGGCCUUGGUGGGGCCACAGCCUGAGGUCACAGCACCUGAGGGGCCAUAGAUCUGUGUAUUUUUAUGACAGUGUUAGCUGGUGAUGGGAAAUUGUCUUCCACUCACAGGCUCAGAACAUUACAGCUUCCUGACAAAUGGACAUAAAGGUCAGGGCAGGGGCACCUUUCCCUAGUGGUUAAAUGCAGAGUAACUGUAGGACCAGCAGGGGUGCCCCUGCCUAGGAUCGUGGCUGUAAACCCAGUGAGAGUAUAGCCCUUCUCUGAUGUGGCUCUGGCAGCAGCCCAGUGGACCCCAGCAUGCUCACUCGGGGGCAUUAACUGUCUUUGUUCCAGUCUGUUGGUCUGUUAAGGAAUGUUAAAAAUACUAGCUGGAUCCUGAAGUUGUAAAAGCAGCCAGCACAGUUCAUCACGGUGGACCCGCUCAACUCUCCUUUACCGCUAGAGUGACCGCUCGGGAAGGGUUUGGUCACAACCACUGGUGGCUCUGCCUGGUCCAGCCUUCAAAGGUCCCUGCAGACCGGGCUGUUCCUUCAUCUGGGCUGCCCUGUGUGCUUGUCUAUCACAUUUAUUUUACUCUUCUCCAAUCUGGGAUACACGCGUGUGGAAUUAGAUCAAAAUGUACCUGGUGGGAGCAGCAGGGUAUCUCCUGUAGCUGCCACAUGGUGCCCACAGCACACGGCUCCCUAGGCCCUCAGGACUGUGACAGAUUCGAUAGUGUGAUGGCUGCACAGUGUCAGACAUUCUGUCACUGGUCUAAUCCCAUGAUUCAGAUUAUCACCACUGCACCUGGAUGGAAAGGAAGAGGAAAGACUCUUUACCUACUAACGUAGGAGCUCCUGAACCUGAGGGCGUGUGUGUGUGUGUCCUGGGUAGUCCUGUGGGAGCAUCGGAACCUGAGGACUUGGUGUGUGUCCUGGUAUAGUUUUCCUCACAGCUUUUCAGCUUGGGAACAACUUGUGUCUCACAGCUUUGGGGCCAGGGAUUUGAGGCCCAUGGGUUGGGAUGGAUUUGGCUGGAUGAAGCUUCUGUACCGUGAGGCCUUCAUGGGGCUCGAGGUCUGCUGGUGGAUGGGCUGGGCUGUAGGUCCCCGAUGUGUGCCUCAUGGGUUGUGGGUCCACGAAGGAAUUGGAAGGGCAUCUGUGCUUUGGCUGUGAGACAGUGUUAGGAGUGGAAAUGCCGGUCCGAGUCCAUGGUAAGUGUGCGGAGUUCCAGCCUUGAGCCAGGUGGGGCCUCCUUGUUCACACCACCUUCUCUGCUGAGAUGCUUCACAGCGGUUGUGAUUUGUGACCCACUUCUUGUGAUGGACGGGACGAGACGUUGCCACAUGAAGCGUGUUUUUGCACCCCUUAUAGAAUGAACACGACGCAUGCCCAGCCCGUCAUUUCCUGCCUCCUGUGUGAGGCUAGGAGAGGGUUGCUCCAGAGCAGUGUUUCUCUGUGGAGAAUUGGUGCGCUUCCUUUCCAAGUAAAUUCUGAGAAGUGUGCUUUCUGCCAUAUUUCCAUUCGUGCCAUAGCUCCCAGGGAACUCGGAGUUUAACUGAUCACUGAGUCACACAUGUUAGGGCUGGAUAGAUACAAUUUUCUUCUUUUCAUUAUAUUUUGAACUUUUAAUUUCCAUGUGAACAGACUUAUUUUUUGAGAGAGAGAGUGUGUGUGCAUGCAAGAAGCAGAGGGAGAGAGAGAAUCCUCAAGCCGACUCCCUGCUGAGCGCGGAGCUUGACCUGGGGCUCGAUCCCACAACCCUGAGAUCAUGACCUGAGCUGAAACCAAGAGCCACCCAGGCGCCCUGUGAACAGCCUUAUUUUAUGCUUGUCUUCUCCCUACCCCAUUACCUGUAUUACAGAUUUCUUGGAGGAAAUCUGAAAUGUGUAUUAAGUGGUUCUUCUGUGACAUGAUGCCCUGGAGGCUGAGGGGGCGGGUGUCUGGUGACGGUGGCGCCCAGGCAGCUCAGCAUGGAGUUUUCAGACUGAAUCAGUGUGCGGUAGGGGAGGCUGCUUAUAACUUGAUUUAGAAAUCCAGUUUUGUCUGUUUUUAUGGAGUUUUGUUCUAUUUAAUGUCAAGUGAUAAAAUAGCAAGGUAUUCAAAAAUACAUGUUCAGGGAAAUAGAAUAUUUUCAUCCUGAAAUUGAUCUUUUUGGGGAGAUAGACUCUUACGUUGUUAUAAUAAGCUAUGCUGGCUACCAGACUCUGGGCCGUUUAAGUAUUCUGAACCAGAAUGACCGAAAGACCUGCGUAAAUUCUCCCACAGUGUUCCCCUUCCACAAGUGGAGGCCACUGGGCGGGGAGGGCGCACUAGGCCGUGUGGAUGUGGCGGAUCUGAGCACAUGGAGGAGGAACCCCAGAGGUUCACAGCUAGAAGGAAGGUGCUUAGUAGAGCCUCCCUCUACAUGCUUCCCUCUGAUGCUCCUCCCCUCCUUCCUCCACCCUUCUCUUCCUGGGGUGUUGAGGGCGCUCCAGCCUCUGUGCUGGGUGCUGGAGGGCAGCAAACAAGAUCAGACCCCUCAGAGGUGAUGCGGCUGCGUUCUGUCGCCAGCGUCAUUCCUAGGGCGCUGGGUUCCGUGACCUCCAACACCCCCUUUCAGGGUAGGGACGGCCUUGCUCCUCGGCACCCUUGAGGCCCUCCAGACUGGACAGAGGCUUCUUUAUCAGGCUGAACCCCACCCCCCACCCCCCCAGCAGCAGCGAGGCGUGGGCAUCCACACGUGGCUCUUCCCUCUCUCUGGUUGAGCGGGAGGCUGAGGGUUCGGUUUUUCUGGCACAAGGAUUGUUAGCAAUGUUGGCUCAGGAACGAAGAUGCUUGUAGAACACAACCUCUGUCUCCCUUACCCAGGGCUUCAUUCCUGGAUGUCGGAACCAGAGUUGCUCAUUCAGUGUCUUUUGUUUACUGUUUCUUAAGACCUUUUACUUCUGUUAGGUGUUUGGGGAAGGAAUCAAGUUCCAGAUGUGCUGUCUUCAUCAAAUCUGGUUGGUUCAUAGCAUACGUUCCAGACGUGGUCAGUAGGAGAAAGAGUCAUAUGAAAAUGAUCCUAAUUUGGUUCUUAGAAUGAAACCAAGGUUUGCUUUUCUUUUGCUUGGUGGUCACUUAUUCAUCCAUUCACUCAGCAAAUAAUUCAGCACCUGCUGUAUACUGGGACAGCUUUACUUUCCUGCGUAAAUGUCUCCACGUGCUGAGAGGAGGGACAUGUUUUUCCUCAGGGACAGAAAGGCACCGUAAUACGCAGCCGGGCAGGGAAAAGGCCUCUAGCCUUUGGGAUAAGGAGUCAGUGUGGAAGGAGUGGUCAUCUCUGCUGAAAAUGGUCGGGGUGGGACACCCAAGAGCUGAGAUGCCCACCCCCGUUCUGCAGCGGGGCUCCCAGCAGAGACUUGGGGAAACUCCUCAUUCUCAGCCUGUUCGGUCCCGAUAGGCCCCCAACUUAAGGACCCUGGGCAGAGGACAUGGCUGGGGUGUCUUUUCCUUCUCUCCUCACGGUACCCACCUUGAGCCAUGUUUUCACGGCUGGACUCCUGUAGACAUGGUGUGUUCUGGAGCAUUGUACUGUUGUGGUUCUGCAAGAAAACAUUCAUUGUUAUUUCCUUCUUCACCCGCUAGGAGCCUUUGAUGAUUCCCAAAAGAAAAACCUCUGCAGUCUUUUAAGUUAAAAGCUUCUUGGAGCUGGAGGAGCCUUGGAGAGCUACUGUGUUCUUGUGCACUUACAGUGGGGGAAACUGAGGCUUGGAGAGUCAGGUCUCAUGUUCUGGCUGUGCUCAGGAAGGGACCACAUGCGCUGAUCACAGCCACUGCUCCUAGAAAUCCGAAGGAACACUCUGCUCAGAAAUAAGCUGCAUUGGGGUGCCUGGGUGGCACAGUGGUUGGGCGUCUGCCUUCGGCUCAGGGUGUGAUCCCAGCGUUAUGGGAUCGAGCCCCACAUCAGGCUCCUCC